AAUUUGUUGUUUUUAAAAACAAAAUGAUAAACUAGAAAUGCAACGUUGAUUUUUUUUCAUCUCAUGUUACUUGCUUAUUUCCAUGUUAUUUUUAUAUUAUUUUAUGCAUUCACUUUUGAGAUUAUUUUAUGCUUAAGAAAAUCUUUUCAGUUACCUCCAACGUCUGCAAGAGAUGAAGAAUAUACAACACAAGAUUUAGGUGUAAAGCUCAAGCAAUUGCUUGACGAAAAAUUAACGCCAAUACAAGAACAACUUCACACGAUUCAGAAGGUUUUGAAUAUUGACAAACAUGAUCCAAGUCAAUCGAACAAUGACUCUCCACAAGAUGCCAGUAAUUUAGGCAAUUCACAACCCAAUGAAUUCGUAAACAAUGAUCCGUCUCAACAUGAUGGACCCAUUAACAAAGAAACCGAUCAAAGUUAUGCAACUGAUGAAAUCCAGAAUAACUCAAGAUUUGCACAAAAAUUCUACUCACGAGGCUUAAGUAAUUUAUUAAAGGAUAGGCAAGACCUUCAAAACAAUUAUCCUUCGCAAUACGAAGCAAUGUCUUUUGGUCAACAACAUCAAAGAAACGAUGUGUGGAAUCCAAAUAUAGAGAUACCAUCAGAAACACUAGCGCAAUCACAAAUGGCAAAUCAACUUCGUUUUUCCGCUCCUCCUUUGUCACCUUACCCACAAACAUUUUAUCAACAGUAUGCAGCGAAUGAUGGUGUUUACCCUUCAGUAAAUCCUUACACUUAUUAUAGACCAAUUUACCGCUAUUGAUCAAGUGAGUCAAUGUUUUUUUUACUAUUACCUUGAGAAUUUUCCAUCUUGAAUUUUUAAAAACAUUUUUUUUAGUAUAAAAAAUAACAGAUUACUAAAAUUAUUAAAAAUGUUUUAAUAAUACCUGGUU